ACUAAACGGAAGGGGCCGGGAGAGGCCGCGUUCAGUCGGAUCCCGACAGCAGCUGCAGCAGCUUUGGUUUUCCCAGGCUCUCCUCGCCCUCUUCUCUUCGCUUUCGGAAACAUGGCCUCCGGUGUGGCUGUCUCUGAUGGUGUCAUCAAGGUGUUUAAUGACAUGAAGGUGCGCAAGUCUUCAACGCCAGAGGAAGUGAAGAAGCGCAAGAAGGCAGUGCUAUUCUGCCUGAGUGAGGACAAGAAAAACAUUAUUCUGGAAGAGGGCAAGGAGAUCCUGGUAGGUGAUGUGGGCCAGACUGUGGAUGACCCCUAUGCCACCUUUGUCAAGAUGCUGCCAGACAAAGACUGCCGAUAUGCCCUCUAUGACGCAACCUACGAGACCAAGGAGAGCAAGAAGGAGGACCUGGUGUUCAUCUUCUGGGCCCCUGAGUGUGCACCACUUAAGAGCAAAAUGAUCUAUGCCAGCUCCAAGGAUGCCAUCAAGAAGAAGCUGACAGGGAUCAAGCAUGAAUUACAAGCAAAUUGCUAUGAGGAGGUCAAGGACCGAUGCACCCUGGCGGAGAAGCUGGGAGGCAGUGCUGUCAUCUCCCUGGAGGGCAAGCCUUUGUGAGCCCCCUCCAGCCCCCUGCCUGGAGUAUCUGGCAGCCCCAGACCUGCCCUUGGGGGUUGCAGGCUGCUCCCUUCCUGCCAGACGGGAGGGGCUGGGGGGGAACCCAGCAGGGGGAGGGUAAUUCCUUCACCCCAGUUGCCAAACAGCCCCCUCACCCCAUGGACCUUCCUCUUCUUCCUUCUCCUCCAUCCCUGAUGGUUCUGGCUCUUCCAAACCGCUUUUGAUCUUCUCAUUCCUUUUUUUGGUUGAGGAUGUCCCAUCCUCUUCCCUCUCCCCUGCACCCAGUUUGGAGGGAGGCUUGUAUUUUUUUUAACAACAUCCCUACUCCCCACCUGUUCCUCCCCCAUCCCAUGCUGCCAACUUCUAACCGCAAUAGUGACUCUGUGCUUGUCUGUUUAGUUCUGUGUGUAAAUGGAAUGUUGUGGAGAUGACCCCCAUCCCCCGCGCCGGCUGGUUCCCCCCCACCCCCCCUUUCUUCUGGUCUUGGCCAUUCAUGGAGGCAGGAUCAGUGAGGACUGUCAAUUAAAAAAAAAAAAAAAAAAGAUACAACAAUAAAAAGCCUCAUCA